UAUAGCUCAAGAUGCAGGCCAGUAUCACAAAAUAGGAAGGGGUAUGUACAGAGAUGAAGCACUACAAAGAAACAAUACUGUAGCUUCCAGUGGCCCUGCAGGAGCUGACACAGUCCUUAUCUUUCCCAGGAAGAUCAUUACUCCAAACAAAACUUUGGGGGCGGGGGAGAUGAUUCAGUAGAAUAAGCACUUCCCUGGCAAGUGCAAGGGCCUGAGUUCAAUCCCUGGUUCCACAAAAACAACCCCAAAACUUUGCCAGGACUGGUCUGAUCAGUGAGCUAUCUACGCUGUCUUAAAGCCCUUAAAGCUAGGAUCCUAAAAUCUGGAGGCUCAAUAUGCACAAUGACUCCUGUGUGUCUCCCUAACCUCCAGUCUACAAUACAAGUCAAACCAAGAAAGCAAGCUCUUUGAAUAGAUCGCCCCCCUCCAAGAGAUGAGGUGGCCAUCAUUUCAUUCCCAAAGCUCUAGCAUCCACACCCUUCCUUCCUGUGUCAGAACCUGGGUCAUUUCCUGGAUCAUUUCCCUUGCUACAGAACAUUUUGAAUCUUUGCCCUUUGUCUUAUUGGUAAAGCUCUUAAUUGGCUAGACUCAUCACAUUGGUAGACAUGAAGGCUAUAAUCCCUAGACCAAGAAAGCCUCCAGUUGGGGUAGGGAGUCUCGGCCAAGGUAGGCAGCAAAGGAGAACUUAUUACCUGCUAUCACCUAGUCCUGUAUUAAGCUUUUAGGACAGCAAGAGAAGGACACUCAACCCCAAAUACUUUUUCACUUUUCACACAGAAAAUCUUACAGGAGAGGCUAAAAAAAGCCUGAGGAAGUAGUUGAGGAGUCCACAGAGAUGGGGAGUGGAAUCAGUGCAGAGGACAAGGAGCUGGCCAAGAGAUCCAAGGAGCUGGAAAAGAAGCUGCAGGAGGAUGCAGACAAAGAGGCAAAGACUGUCAAGCUGCUGCUGCUGGGUGCCGGGGAGUCAGGAAAGAGCACCAUUGUCAAGCAGAUGAAGAUCAUUCACCAGGAUGGCUACUCGCCAGAAGAAUGCCUCGAGUUCAAGUCUGUCAUUUACGGGAACGUAUUACAGUCCAUCCUGGCUAUCAUCCGCGCCAUGUCCACGCUGGGCAUUGACUAUGCCGACCCGAGCCGUGUGGACGAUGGGCGACAGCUCAACAACCUGGCUGACUCUACUGAGGAGGGGACCAUGCCUCCUGAGCUGGUGGAAGUCAUUAGGAAAUUGUGGAAGGACGGUGGAGUGCAAGCCUGCUUCGACAGAGCUGCAGAAUAUCAGCUCAAUGACUCAGCAUCUUACUACCUUAACCAACUGGACCGGAUUACAGACCCUAACUACCUGCCUAAUGAGCAAGAUGUGCUACGAUCCAGAGUCAAAACCACAGGCAUCAUAGAAACAAAGUUUUCUGUCAAGGAUCUGAAUUUCAGGAUGUUUGAUGUGGGAGGACAAAGAUCAGAGAGAAAGAAGUGGAUCCACUGCUUUGAGGGUGUCACCUGCAUCAUCUUCUGUGCAGCCCUCAGUGCCUAUGACAUGGUAUUGGUGGAAGAUGACGAGGUGAAUCGUAUGCAUGAGUCUUUACAUCUGUUCAACAGCAUAUGUAACCACAAGUUCUUUGCUGCUACUUCCAUUGUUCUCUUUCUCAACAAGAAAGACCUUUUUGAGGAAAAAAUCAAGAAAGUCCAUCUCAGUAUUUGUUUUCCAGAGUAUGAUGGAAAUAAUUCCUACGAGGAUGCAGGGAAUUAUAUCAAGAGCCAGUUCCUUGAUCUCAACAUGCGAAAGGAUGUCAAAGAAAUCUACAGUCAUAUGACAUGCGCUACAGACACACAGAAUGUCAAAUUUGUGUUUGAUGCAGUUACAGAUAUUAUCAUCAAAGAAAAUCUCAAGGACUGUGGACUCUUCUAAUCCACACCCGACUCCUCAGGUCUUCAAAUGACUAUGAGGGAAACCAUGCUGUGAAAAGACCACCAGCUACAAUGAAUACACAUGUUGGUGCGGCCACAGGACAUUACCUUUUUGUAAUCCAAUAUAAUCUUCUAAAGCAAUCAUAAGAACAUCACAAAGCAUCUUCACAUAUAUAUUCCUACUUAAUCAGAACCACAGGCCAUCACAGUUGAAAGAAACAUCUUAGUCCAUCUUUAGACAACACAUGAGGGAUAUAAGACUGAAAGUGACCUUUGCAAGAUUUCAUGGCUAGGCUGAAGCAAGGGAAGACCAGCGCUCCAAAUUAUUCUCAAUGAAGAUUCGCAGGGGUCUCAAGUCCUUUAUCCUACAUAAGGAUAAAAGAAAACUGGUAAUCACUCUUACACAAAUAAGUAUCUUAGUUAAAAUAUGUGAAGGACUUAAUACUGGAGUGGAAGAUAGGGGUAGGCAGCAUAUAGGAGAUAAACCAAGGUGUAGGUAAUUUUCCAGGUAUCAGUGAUAUUACAGCUUGGUAACCCUAACACAUACGAUAGUGUAUCCCAGCAAUGUAUCAGUACUCAUUGAUAUUUUAUUAUUUCUGUUACCUUGUGAUUACCACUAAAACUCAGAAAGAGAACACACUACCAUUGGGCAUUAGGAAACUUUUACA